AUGUAUUCAUUCUGGAGAGCACUGGUCAUAUCAUUAGUUUCCAACAAGAGUAGCGUCUCAGAAGUCAAGAUCCAUUUUAAAAUCCAAGAACCAGUUAAGAAACAACAUUUUUUGGCAAUUUUACUUCUGUACCUAGAAAUUGUUUUAGUAGUCACCGUGCUCGCAUAUCCAGUCCCAGAGGACGACAAAACUUUCAAUUUGAAGAUAGGUUUUGAUUUAACACAUGGGGAAAAUGGCGCACCGUCACUGAGAAUACGAGACUUUGAAGAAUCACGAGAAUACAAUCCAAGGGCAGGAGAUGACAAAAAGAAAGGGGGAGAUAGUAAAGAUAAAUCUGGUCCGCACGCCAAACCUUCUGUAAGAGCUGAUUCGGGAAGUGAAAGUGGUGACAACAAGGAAGAAAAUGAAAGUCCUAAAGCCGCAGACAAAAAGGCUUCGAGUGAGGAGUCCAAGUCUGCUGAAUCCAAGUCUCCGCCACCUAAGGCCAGUGGAGGGUCUGAUGACGACGUUGACGACGAAGACGAUUCCGAUGUAGACACCAAGCACAGUACCAGAGGCCUUGGAGCUGCUGAAUACGAACCCGAAGGUACUUACAAGCAACAAGGAGCAAAUAACAGGAGCUAGCAAUUUGGACGUCGAAGAUAGCCUCUCUGCUCAAAGACAACUUUCCUCGAUACUUUUAUAAGCUCAUUGCAUCUCUGGAAAGUUCGGAAAACUUCCGCCAACUACCACGC